AUGCUUCAAAGCUUAAUUAAAAGCGUCUGCGUCCCUAUGAAACCGUACUAUAUCCAAGUCUACCAGGAGAUCUGGAUAGGAAUGGGGUUGAUGAGCUUCAUUGUUUAUAAAAUCAGAAGUGCAGAUAAAAGAAGCAAAGCCUUAAAAGGUUCAAGUCCUGCACCUGCUCACGGUCACCAUUAA